UUUAAUUAUUGCACCAAUAACCUACAAAAAAAAGAAAAACAAAUAAAAAUAGUUGAAAUGUCACUUAUAAUUACCAAAGCUGCUCUGGCACUAAAGAAUGCUGAAGAAAAUUUUAAAGUCGUGGAGUUUGAGUCCUACAAACCGAAGCAGAAGAAAUUAGCAGCGAAGGAUGAAAAAAAUCUUCCCAGAACAGAAACUGGACAAUAUUCAAAGAAGGACUUGGAAUUGAAGAAGAUUCGCCAUGAAGUUGUUAAAUUUGGAAUGUCCGGUUUUGAUCCUACGAAAAAAGAAGAAGCUAAAAUUGCUCUUAUGGUUAGUCUAGGGGCGAAACCACCGAAAAGACAAUAUAUAAACUACAAAGAGCUAAUGCAGAAGAGAAAAGAAGAAAAACUAAAAAAUUUAGAAGAGAAACAGCUAAUGAUUGCUAAAAGUGUCCUCAAAACUGGCGGUAAAAAGAAAAAACCAGCCAACAAUGAUGUUGGACACUUCCUGAGUGGAUACGGCAAGGUACAAAAAAAGGAUUUGAAAAAGGAUGAGAAAAACUUAAAAAAGAAGAAAAAG